UCUGCUCUAUCAGCCCUGUGUCAAACAGAGAGAGAAUUGAGGAUCGCUGUUGAGUCCGUCAUUUCGUGGUUCCUUCAGGUUGUUCAGAGUUCAGAUUGAAUCAUCCAGAUCGCGACGACAUCUCGGGGGCUGGAGAAGCGAGGUAGUCGGUCUGAGCAUUGGCGCGAUCGAUACAUCUCUCGGUCUCCCGACUUUCUGCUAGUGUCCCAUCGUGAGCUACGUCCAAAUCCAUAAACCGAGGAGGCCGUAUAGAUAUCUACCCCAAGCCCAGGCCUUUGUCUGAUCUCAGGUUCAGGCCCGACCACGAGCUAGCUCGCAGAGCUCUUAGGCCAGGAUCAGGCGGAUCAGCUGCAAACGCGCGUCGAGCCUGAGUGAUAACUGUCAGACACUUUUAGGUAGCCAGUCCCUUCAGUCCCUGCAGUCUCGGCUAUUUCUAUUGUGUCCCUACUUAAUACUUACCUACCUUCCUUCCCCGGUCAAGCGUAACACCCGGACUGGAUCCAAAACCAGAGAUACACCUCCCUCGCCCUCCAUCCAUGCCACUAUUCAUGCAUUCAUUGAUCUCUGUUCCAUUGGCUCUCUCGCUCGCCUCUCUUUUUGAGGUGCUGGACAAGCCAGCCAUCCGCCACCUGGGACCAGACUAAAAUCAGGAUAAAGAGCCGAAUCCAUUUAAUCAUCCAUCCGUUCACCAACCGGGAUCGAUCAGUUAGGGUCUCGUUCUCAAGCGCCCACCGGUAAUGGCGUGUGAUUAAGACGUUUCACUCUUGGGGGUUUGACACGACAACGCGUUGAUUGGCAUCUCUCUAGCUUUCAUCAGAAUGCAGCCUGGUGCCAUGUCCACGCUCCGCCCCCGAUCUCCGGCUCAUUCUCGCCGAACUUCGGUAGCGGAUCACUCAGAGAACGGAGGUCAGGAGGCCCAGAUUGGACCUCGCAGUCGACAACGACACUUUUCCGGGCUGGAUGGCAAUGCCCCCCGUUUGAGCGAUGAGAACUCUGAGCUAGGUGAGCAAGCAUUGCUGCAUCGCUCGGGGUCUUGGGGAGGUGUGAACGAGAGUGAGGAGGAUUUGCGUCAUUUGAAUCUCCCGGGGGGCUUCCGAGUCAAUGGCCAUGGACCCAAUGUGGAGGCCAAUGGGGGCCUGAGUGGUGGUGGCGGGUCGGGGGUGGACCGAGAAGAGCGAUUUCGUCGUCAUUUGGCCUUCUUCUUCAUGGACCCCGUGCAGAAGUUUCAGGCUCGUCGACAGAUCCCGUGGAAGCUGACCAUUCAAUUCCUGAAGAUCUUGGUGGUUACGGUUCAAGUGGUGAUCUUUGGCAACUUCCGGUAUGCCCACACCAAGUACUACACGGACAAUCAGAUCUCGCUGGAGAAUUUGUUCCUCCAGGGUUGGGAUUCCGUGCGCGAAAUCCACGCCUAUCCACCAGCCACGGGCACCUAUGCGGUCUACAAGAAGGAGACCUUUUAUUCUUACAUGGACUACAUUGGGCGAACGUUCCACGACUUGGAUGACAUCACGGUCAACCCGGUAUUCACCCGCGAGCCUUUCAUGUUCUGUUACAACGUGUUCGGAGAGGGUCUUGUUUUCCCCAACUUGACGUGGAACAUUGAUUUCGACAAUCUCAAGCCGCAAGAGCGUUGUCUGACGAUUCCGAAAAACGAUUUGCAGGACUUCAAUUCCACUGAGUACUUGACCAAACACGAUUUCCUCAUUCCGUGGGACACCAUCAAAUGGAUGCGGGUCAAUUUCUCAUUGGCCACACUCACCUACUCGCAACUUGGACCGCUUUUGGGACCGGAGUGCUUUGCCUUCCACACUGAUAUCACGUUCGACAACUCUGAUUUCGACGGACAAAUCCCCGUGGCGUUGGAUAUCCGACCCUUUCGUGAACAGUGUCCCCAUCCCAUUGAAAUCACCACCAACAAGGCCAUCGUGAUUCAAAUCCUGAACUACGUCGUGAUAAGCCUGUGUGUCGUGUCCUUGAUUUUGUGCAUGCGUGCUCUCUGGCGAGCUCAACGACUUAGGGCGGAUUCUGAAAAGUUCUUCUUGUCCCGGUUCGGUUGGGUGUUGACCUCGAGUGAGAAAUUGGAAUUUCUGAACGUUUGGUAUAUCGUGAUUUGUUUCAACGACGUGUUCAUCAUCGUCGGAUCCGCCAUCAAAGAGACCAUCGAGACGAGGAGCACUUACGGGGAUCUGUGGGACUAUGGCAGUCUCUUCUUGGGCAUUGGAGUGUUGUUGGUGUGGAUUGGAAUGCUCCGCUAUUUGGGCUUCUUUAAAACCUACAACGUGCUCAUUCUCACGUUGAAAGGCGCCUUGCCGAAUGUCCUACGAUUCUUGCUUUGCGCUUCCUUGAUCUACAUGGGGUUCGUUCUCUGCGGCUGGGUGGUUCUGGCUCCUUAUCACUUCAAAUUCAAAAGCAUCCUCACCACUUCGGAAUGCCUCUUCUCGCUAAUCAAUGGUGACGACAUGUUUGCCACGUUUAGCUCGGUGCCUGAAAAGCGGCACAUGGUUUGGACGUUCUUGCGGAUCUACCUCUACCUUUUCAUCAGUUUGUUCAUCUACGUGAUUCUCUCGCUGUUCAUCGCCAUCAUCAUGGACACCUACGACAUUAUCAAGGAGUAUUACAAAGAAGGGUGGCCCAAACGACGGCUCCACGAUUUCUACCAGCAAGCCCGUUAUAAUCCCGCUCCAGAGAUCUUCCGGAGAGACGAACCGGAUUUUGCCCGACAGAUCAUCCAACGACUCGUUCCAAGCUCACUUCAACGACAAACGAACCCCGUCAGCUCGGACACUCAACCCAUCAUUCUCACUUAGACUCUUCUUCCGCCGCCCCCUCUCCCACUUCCUUCGCAUUAAUUUGGGAUCAAAUUGUCGAUUCUCGUUUGUCAGACGUGUUCCACCCAUGUGUACGUGUAAGUGAGUCACUAUCAUUAUUACUAUUACUACUAACCAUAUAACGAUAAUAUGUCGCUGGUCGCUGACUUACUGGGCCAGUGCUGCCUUGAAUGUAAUUGAUCUUGAUAAUGCUAGGAAAAGCUAAAGAACACGGCGUACCAGUAAUUAUCAAUCGAACCCACCAAUAUUUGCCCUGAACAAAGCCCUCGGUCCCCUCAAAAGUCUCAAAUGCCAAUCUGAACAGAAGAUAAGCAACCGCCGAGUGACACAUUAUGUUAUCGGAAGUAAUCUGCAAGGACAACAUUGUAAAACUAUCUAUCGAGCGAAGAAAUACACAUAUUUUGUAAACCAAA